UCCAAAGCAACGCAACAGCAGGGAAUCGAUAUCGACGAAUUAUUCUCAAUAACAUCCGAAGGUCGGACCAUUUUAGAAAAAUUUAAGCAAAAUAAGAAACCAGAUGAUUCAACAAUUAAAAAAAUUACUCAUAUAGUGUGUGAUUUUUUAAAACGAUCUUUUGGAGUCCGUCCCACGACGUUCCACAAAAAUCGCUUGGCAGAAUGCCUUGUAACUCAGUAUCCUAUUGUGGCAUCCACAGUAUCAACAGUUCCACAAGCAUUAUGGUUCUACGCGAAUGGUAGAGGAGACGGACGCCACGCAGGAAAAAUUCAUUAUCACAUGGAGUACCUUGCCAAAAAGGCAGAAGAGAGGGUAAUUCGCAGGACAUCUAUAAAGUCAAAAAUUGAAAUUAUACACGAUAAUGCUGAAGAUACGGAUUUAGAUGUAAUUGCAAUGAUUGAGGAACUAAAAUUUAUAACACCAACGAUAUCAACCAAAUCACGCAUAGAGCAUCUGUGGGAUGCUACUUUCAUCAGUCGCAAUGUGUACCGUAAAAAUAAAGAUUUUUUUGCAUACUUGGAAGAGUUUCCCGUCGCUUCCGCAUUCGACGGACAACUGAUUGAUUUCGAUUUUUGCAAAAUGUACACCUUAACUGAUUUUUGGAGAAACUGGAUGGAGUGGCAGUGUCGCAUUCUGACCAUGUAUGGCGAUCUGUACAAGGAAUUGCAUGAUGAUUUUAUCCGUGCUCUUAGUAUCGUUCGUGCCAAAAAUCCUGCAAGAGGAUCAAAACGAUUGCGUGAUGAAAAAAACACGAUGAUGAAUCCACUGAAUGGCAUUAUCGAUUGGGUUGGGGUAGACGAUCCACUUCCUAUGCCCAACAAAAUACCUACGCUCAUAGUAAAAGGAGAAUCACUACAAAGUCAAGGAUAAUGUUUCAUUUCAUGGAGAAACAUUAAUAUUCCAGUUGAUACGAUCACUUCAGGUUUCGGAAAACUUUGUCAAUGUUUCGAAGUAUUCGCGACAGAUUGUGCACCAAGUGACAAACAAUUUUAUUUAUUUUUCAGGGCAGUAGUUUUUUCAGUAGAUAAACUUAACACUACCGGAGAAAAAUUUGUUCGUUUUAUAUCAUAAACCAUUUUCAUGUAAUAUUUUACUGUUACUUCUACCACUAUUACUUCAACACUGAUUAUAUAAGUUAAAAUGCUAAGAUGUUUUGGAAAGUAAAAUACCAACAUGGAAAAAUACG